UCAUCGAUCUUUUGCUUUUGAAUAUUACAGUGACACUUUAAUAAGUGAUUUGUAUUUUAUUAUUUGCUUUUUUCUAAUUAUAAAUAUUAUUUCAAAGAUGAGAAUUCAUCUGACAUUUGGGUUUUUUUGUGUAAUAUUAUUCACUCUGCUAAUAGAAUUAAGGGCUCUACCACAAAUAACAAAAUUAAUUCCAUUGGAGGAUUGGAUAGCUUUUAAAAAUCGUACUAGUAAUAUUAAUCCUUUGGACAAAUUUCUUGGGAAAUUACGUGCUACAUAUGACUUCGUAUUUCACAAGCCCGACAACAUUACAAAUGUUAAAAAAAUCUUAAUGGAAAAUAAAUCUGAACCUAUAAUAGACAACACAGAGAAAAUCAUUAUGUCAACAUUAUCAAUAAUUGGCGAUAUAAUAUACAACAAUAAUCAACGGAAAACUUCUAAUGACAGUGUUUAUCUGGAACUGCUUCCCGAAGAGAACAUUAUACCAACCAAAGUGAGUUCAAUCUCUAGAAUAUCCAAGGAUAAUAAGUGGUUAGAUGAAAUUGAAGUCCAAGAACCUUUGAGUGAAGAAGAGGCAAUUGAUGACGAAGAUAUUGACCGAUCUGUUGAAAUUGUGACACCCAAACCAGGCUUUCAACUCUCUGCUGCUGUCGCUCAAGCCUUCGGCAAGUGGCUUGCUUCUAUUCUACGCUUCACACGUGAAGCAUAUUCCAAGUUGAUGCACUUGAGUGUCAGAGACCAGUAAAUUACAUUAAUUAAAGGAAUCAUCUGAUGUACCGCAGAGGCAGUUUCAUUGAGUUCAAAUUAUAUAUUUGCAUUUUUAUUUUGUCCAUUUAUGUUAAUUAACUUUUGUUGAUUAAGAUUUUAAGUGAUCGUCAACAUCAGAAUGUAAAUAAAGAUAUAUAGAUAUUU